GCGGGAAAGCUAACAGCACAAACACAACCCAAAAAUGGUGUAGGAUUGCAAGGAAAGGAGGACGAAAUCCAAUCCUAGUAAAAGAAAAGCAAAGCCAAAGCCAAAGCUUAAGCCUUCUCAGGGAGUUAAUCCAUCUCGGUUGCAUUGAUGCUGCGGCUCUGCUCAGGGACACUGAGUCACUUGGGAAUGUCUGUCUGGGGCCGGAGCGGCUCUACUGCCACAGAAUGGGGUGCAAAGGGGACACCAAUUAACUGAGUCUCGGAGGAGGAAAAAAGCAGUGAGAGAUGGAAUAAAGCUUGCGUCGAGUGUGGCAGCGGGGUGGUCGAGGUUCAAAGAUCAGGCAUCGGGGAGGCACAAUGGAGAGUGAGCAGAACACACCUGUCUCCAGUGCCAGUAGCAGCAGCAGCAUUACUGGCACAGGUACCACCACCACAAACUCCAUAGGCAGCACCAAUGCCUCCACUGCCAGCACUGCCAGCUCCACCAGCACGAGCAGUACGAGCAGUACGAGCAGUGGAAGACAAGCCGUUCCACAGAUAUCAGUGUACAGCGGCAUACCUGACCGACAGACUGUUCAGGUGAUCCAGCAGGCCCUUCACAGGCAGCCCAGCACAGCGGCGCAGUACCUGCAGCAGAUGUAUGCAGCUCAACAGCAGCAUCUGAUGCUGCAAACGGCAGCCCUGCAGCAGCAGCACCUGAGCACAGCACAACUCCAGAGUCUAGCAGCAGUGCAGCAGGCCAGUUUGGCAGCCAGUAGGCAAAGUUCAAACCAGAAUGGGACCUCAUCUACUCAGGGUGGGGCAUCACAAACCACAAUUAAUUUAACCACCUCCCCUGCUGCUGCUCAGUUGAUCAGUCGUGCUCAGAGUGUAAACUCCACCCCCUCUGGAAUCUCCCAGCAAGCUGUGUUUCUAGGCAACGCCUCCAGCUCCACCCUGACUGCUAGCCAAGCUCAGAUGUACCUGCGGGCACAGAUGGCUCAGCAGAGUAAUCUUGUGCAUGUAGCGAGGAGUCUGGGUCGAGCCGUCCCUCUGUCGCCCCAGCUGAUUCUCGCCCCAACAGCAACAGUAACGGCUCUACAGUCUGACACUAAUGCAACCAAUAACACUCAGUCUGCCUCAGCACAGGUGCAGAACCUUGCCCUGCGCUCCCAGCAGGGGGUGUCUUCCUCCUCUCAGUCCUCAGGCCUCCAAGCACUGAGUUUAAAACAGACCCCCUUCUCCAUUCAGCCCACCCCGCUCAUAAAGACGCCCAGCACCGGUGCCGGGAAAGGGAAUUUGAACGCUGCUUCCUCUGAUGGCGUGAAGAAAGGAGAGAGUGAAGGAGCAACAGAGAUGAAAGCAGUAAACAUGAGUCGAAAUUCCCAUCCUUUAAUCGCACCAGCGUAUGCCCAAAUCCAGCCGCAGGCCCUGAUUAAGCAGCAGCCGCAACAGUUUGUCAUUCAACCCCAAGCUCCACCUACCUCCAGAACGCAGCCCCAGUUACUGCAGACUGCCUCUGUCCAACCCCACCAACAGACAGCCUCAUUGGGCAUUCAGGGCUCCACCCAGACCACCUCUGUAGCAGGGAUUAUUCCGGUUUUGCCCAAACCAGCACUGCACAACCAGGGAUCGGCUCAACAAGCCACCAUCUUCCAUUCAACUGUAAGCCACCAUGCACUUAGCCAGCAUGGCUCACACUCGGGCUUGGCCCAUGCUAAAACUCAACCAGUCCAACUAACAGCCAUCAAUCUCCAAAUCCAACCAGCACAAUGCCAGGCUUCAAGACUUGCUCAGGAUGACAAGGAUAAGCCCACGUCAUUGGUGGUAAGAGAGAUUUGCCCACCAGUACAAGUGAAUCCAUCCACUAAGGCGCAGGGCCCUGACCCCCCUGAACAAUCCAAAGCGGACACUGUUAAUGCUACAUCUCAAACACAAGGCUCCUUGGAGACAGCGCGUGACCCCGCGGAAGCACCGGUGACAUCGGCCAUGACCUCGGGAGCUACAGACGAGCCGCCUCCGGCAGCCGUGACGGGAAGUGCGGCACAAAACGGCGAGAACAAGCCGCCUCAAGCCAUAGUAAAGCCGCACGUCCUUACGCAUGUAAUCGAGGGCUUCGUUAUCCAAGAGGGAGCUGAGCCAUUCCCCGUGGAGAGGCCUCCGGUUCAGGCAGACAGCCCCAAGAAACCAGACAUGCAGCUUCCCUCAGAUCCAGAGAAAACGGCCAGCAGUAAUUCCCUCAGUGCCACUAAUUCAGACACUGAAGAAAUUGUACAAGAUAUGAGGGUUCAAGAGGAAUCUGAUGAGCCCAAGCUUACCUGUGAACUCUGUGGAUGGGUCGAUUUCGCCUACAAGUUCAAAAGGUCAAAACGGUUUUGUUCCAUGGUGUGUGCGAAAAGGUACAAUGUUGGUUGCACAAAGCGGAUUGGUCUAUUCCACCCAGACAGAUCUAAAACAGCCAAUCGGUGGAGGAGGAGAUCUCAAAGUCACAGAGGCAGGGAGGCCAAGAAGCAGAGGCUCUCUGUAUCUCAGCAGUCUCAGGGAGAAUCGGUGUCCUCACCGCUUCAAUCUCAGCCAAGUCAAGGAGAAUCCAGCCCCUGUUCGGAUAUCUCCAGUUAUGAGGAGGCAACUUCCCCGCUCUCUGCAGCAAGUUCUGGCCCAAUCGGAUCUCAAGUUGGAGUCGCUGCUAAUGAUCCGGAAGAACUUCCUCUCCUCAGUCAGCACUUCCUACCGUGUGACCCCACCAAAUGGAAUGUACAAGAGGUGUUUGAGUUCAUACGUUCUUUGCCAGGUUGUCAGGAGAUUGCAGAUGAGUUUCGUACUCAGGAGAUUGAUGGACAGGCCAUGCUGUUACUAAAGGAAGACCACCUAAUGAGUGCCAUGAAUAUUAAAUUAGGACCCGCCCUCAAGAUCUUCGCUCGCAUAAACAUGCUUAAAGAUUCCUAGCCUUGAAAGGCCGUUUAUCUGUAUUUGUCUGGGUGUGUAUAUGUGUCUUCAUGUCACUUAUAAUUGACUACAGCACUACAAAUGCACUACAGUGUUUAAAAAAGAAUAAUAAUACAGUAAGACUUUAUACAUAUUGGGGUCUAAAGCUCAAAUCUGCAAUUCCUCAAGACAAGAACUGAAGGACAGUCAGCUUAAACAAAAAUGACGUAACUACCUAUGAAGAAUCACACAAAUAAUGACUUGUACCAAAUGGAAGGCUCGUGUAUUCCUAAAGCGUAAUGGAUUGGUGAUUUGGAAUAUAAAAAAAAACAAAAUAUGAAAUGUGCUACAUCAACAAGUGACACGUCAAAACUACGCUUACUGGAACCCAGAAGAAAACGUUAGAUUUUGUAGGUAUAACAACGCUGUAACCCAAACAGAAACAAUCCCACAUCUUGACACAGACAGUAUGAACUGUACAGUAUAUGAUUGUUGUUUUCAGGUAUGAUUUGUUCUUUUUGUAACAUGCAAGAUGCUUUUGUGUAAAUAUGUUUAAGUAAAUUAUUCUUACCUUUGUGUGUGAGUAUUUGUAACAGAGUUGAACCACAACAAACUGGUGCUAUUUCACUGUCUCAUUUUCUUUGGGAAGACUUGAAUGCAGAAGCACAGAACUUCGAACCUGAAAACAGACACCAACUGUAGGAAGGGACUCUUGUUAAUGACGCCUUAUUCAGUGUGUGUCAGUGCAGACACACUCAUUUCUGCAAACCCUGGUUUUGAGAUGCACAUUAAGUAUAUUUAACUUGGAUAUUUGGAAUGAUGCUAUGUAAAGUUUUAACUGUGCCCGUAUUUGUCAUUGUAUGUUACUAGAAGAUUGUGAUAAUUGUGUUUUUAUGUUUAGUUCAAUGCUUUGUGAAAUGCCUGUAUUUAUCAGAUGAAUGAUAUUUGUAAUAUAAAAAUUUUUAAUGAAG